UCAGCCAACAGAAAAUGAAGAAUCAUUAUAUAACAUACAUAUCAAAAAACAGUUCAUAUUUAAAUUGUAGUCAAGUAUUCACAUUUCGUUUGGUACUUUAUACCUACUAAGAGAUAUUCCAAAUACUGCUUUCUCACAGAGUUCGAAGAAUGUUUAUUAACGGCAUCAAACAUUUUGUCGUAAAUGACUUCAUACGUUUUUUGGGAAACGUGCAGAUCUUCCUUGUGAUGAUUUUGAUACUGGCUGGCAAAUCCAAUCAAGAGUGUGAGAACAGAUACCCGGAACUCUAUUGCAUAAAUAUCAAUCAGAAUAACUUGAAUGAUUCACUCACAGACAUAUCCUUCAAACGCUAUCUUUAUAGUUCCGAAAGACUCACUAUCAAUCAUUCGACCAUCGAAAUCCUAUCUUCGAAAAUGUCGGUCGGAACGAAUUUCAAAGAAAUGUAUUUGAAAAAUUUGAAUAUAGCUCGAAUAGUACCAAAAGUCUUCAACGGUCUGGAUAAUUUAAAAGUCCUAGAUCUAAGCCAUAACGAAUUGAGAACGAUCAAGAGCAACACGUUUUAUAAGCUUUCAUCAUUGAAAAACUUGAGCUUGCAGAACAAUCAUAUUGAAGAUAUAGAAGAUCAUGCUUUCAUUUCUUUGAGUAGAUUACUACACCUACUACUAAACAACAAUGAAAUAAGGCAACUCCCCGUUAACGUUUUUGAUUCAUUACUUCUUUUAGAAUACCUAGACUUAUCGAGUAAUCAAAUUGAAGCCGUAGAUAAAGCAAUAUUUUUAGCAAAUAUCCAACUCAAGUACGUUUACCUGAACAAUAAUAGAAUUAUCCAUAUAUCCGAUGAAUUGUUCAAAAACAAUAUACGUUUGAAAUCCAUCGAUAUAUCUCUGAAUCCUCUCGAAAAACCUCUCAAUUAUAACAUUUUCUCCAGAUUGACAGAGCUGACCGAUUUGGGAGUAUCGUCAACCGAAAACAGAUCAGUGUUCCAUUUGAAUCAAAGCUCCUUCGAAAGCUUGCGUAAAUUGAAGAUGGAUGGAAACAGCCUAAAUCAAGUCAAUAUCGAUAUUCAUCCUAACCUAACUUUUGUGAGUUUGAGCAGGAACAAUAUCGACUAUAUAAACAGCAGUCUAUUUAAAAAUUGUAAGAACGUCCAAUAUCUCAACUUGAGUUUCAACAAGAUCUUUGAUAUACAAGUGGAUGCAUUCGAUCGUUUGAUUAAAUUGAAAGUUCUAGAUUUGAAAAGCAACAAAUUGAGUGUCUUGAAACACGGUAUUUUCAAGAAUUUAUCGAAUUUGGAACACUUAGACCUAUCAUCGAAUUAUUUCAAGACAAUUCCUUAUGGUACCUUGGACUCAUUGAAGAAGCUGAUUUUUCUGAGCUUGUCAUACAAUGAAUUUUCAAUUUUGGACAUUUAUAUGUUCCAUUCCCUAAGGAACCUUGAAGAAUUGCAUUUGAAUGCAAAUAAUUUCAACUUCAUUGAUGGAUCAGUCCUUGUAUCCACUUUACCAGCCCUCAACAAAAUAGCAUUGGAUAAAAAUCUAUGGACUUGUUCUAAACUUAUGGCACUCGUUCAUAUUUUGGAAAAAAAUUCGAUCUCUAUUCUUGAUGGCAGUUCAACUCAUACCCAUAACAUAAACGGAAUUGAAUGUGAGGAUGUGAUAACAAUAGAUUACAGUAAACCAAUGAAUCAUACUUACAGCGAUGGACCUGACCUUAGUAAAGUAUACGAAUUUUUCAAUACGGAUUUCAAAAACACGAAUUUUUACAAGUUUUUCAUGAAUCGUCGAACAUUUGAAAUCAAUACGAAGCCAUCUGCUGAAAAAGUUGUGAGAACUGUUCACGUCAAUGCUACUACCAAGGAACAAGACGAUAUUAUUAACGAACAACACGAAGCUACAAAUUUCGAAGUUCUGUAUAUUUUAAUGAUUUUGACAUCAGUAACAAAUAUACUUGUUGUAUUAUACGUAUUUUAUCGUCUGAGGUAUUUGAAAAUGAAGACCAAUCAAGCAAAUAUUCUAGAAUUAGGUUCUAGUGUUUCUCUUGAGAAUUAGAUGUUUACUGAUGUAUCUUGUCAAAGGCCAAUAAAUCAUAUGAAUUCAAAAGAUGAAUUUUUUC